UCACCACCACCGCGUCGCUUCUGUUUUGCGUGCGUGCAUUCUGACGACGACUCUCUCUCACUCCGACGACGACGACGACGCCGUCGUUUGAAUUUGGUCAAAAACUACAAAAAUCUCGGUUGCUUCGGUUGAAUGCAGACGAUAGUGAAGGCAGACGACGGCGACGUUGCGGAUGCGAUAGAGGCCUCCACACACAAGUUGCUUGCUUCGCUGGAGUUGCCAGGCUAACCGCGUGCCGAUGUUCUGCUCUCUUGUGCAUACAGAGACCUCCUCAUCAUCAUCAUCAUCGGCACACACAGCGCUCAUCUUUGGCUGGCUGGCUUUGCUUUUUUUCCUACCAUUUCGCCCCGACCGCCGCCGAUAUGUAUUAAUAACAUAAUAUACACAUCCAUUAUUUAGUUGGACCAUUUAGUUAAUGGUCAGUCAGUCGCUUGCUGUCUGCCGAAAGGAUAGCAACCCAAACCCCCCGGAAUAGAAUAACCAAAAAAAAAAAAUUAACGAGGAACACGGUACGGAACGCAGAUUUAUCCCGGAACUUGGAACCUGCCUCUGGUUAAGCAGUUGUGCGUUUUUUUUUGUAAUUACGAAUAAAACUCAACAAAGUAGUGCCAUCGAAUGGAAAUAGUCUGAACAAGUGCCAUUAAGGAUAACGGAUUCUCGGCGAGAAUCGCCGAUCUACACGGUAAAGGAGAAAGUGUUUUUUUAAGGUUGAUCAAAAACGUAGUGCCUUAACAGAUUAGAUCGUGAUCGUGAUUUUAGAUUGAGAAGAUUUUUUGUUCUGAUUGCCGAGAGAGAGAGAAAAAAAAGGAAAAGUUUGAGUGUGCGCAUGGUCCUUCGAAAAAAAAAAGUGAAGCAAAGGAUCGUCGAUCAAGGAGUGCGGAGGGGUUUAGAGAACCGUUGUCGGAUUCGCCGUAAAUUUUAAAUUACUAUCAUUUGCGAGUGAGGAGAAUUGGAUCGCGAUCAUUUGUGAUAUUUGUGCAAUUUCCUUUUUUGCCAGUGGAGAUAUCCCGCGAGCAGCGUGUGUGUGUGAUUAAGAGAAGUGAUUUUUGCUGAGGGGUGAGCAACCUGUUGCGAAAGGAUAUUUGAACAGUUUGUUGGACAGUUUAGCGGCCAGUCGUCGACGACGGCGGAUGGAGUUCGGCAGAAGAUUAAGAUAAUGCUGUACGAGAACGAGUAAUCCUUGCAACACCCCUGUGAUCUACAGCGCACUGCUUCUAGAGGGACCAACCCUACGGCAUCACAGCAGGCCGAGCCGGAAUCUUGAUUUUAUGGAUGCUUUCGAUAGGCGAUAGCACCUAUUUAGCAGCAAUAUGAGAUAUUUACAAAUUAUAGUAUUUAUAGUAGCGUACCAAAUUAGUUUAUCCUAUUCAAGGCGGUUUGGCAGCCGACACAAACGACAGCAUGGCAGUAAUCUAUAUUUACCAGAGAGUUACAUAAUUCCAAGCGGUGACGCUGAUUCGCCAGAUGACCAAUGGGGACCCUGGAGUUCCCCGUCCGAGUGUUCGCGGACCUGUGGCGGUGGGGUAGCUUACCAGGAACGCGAGUGUCUCAAUCUGAGUCCAGAUGGUCAGACACUGUGUCGAGGAGGAAAUCGAAAGUAUUUCUCCUGCAACAUUCAGGACUGCCCGGAAGGUGAGCUGGACUUCCGCAAGCAGCAGUGUUCCGAGUACAAUGAUGUACCAUUCGAAGGCCACCGCUAUCAGUGGGUACCCUACACAAAGGCUCCGAAUCCGUGUGAGCUAAACUGUAUGCCCAUCGGUGAACGUUUCUACUAUCGUCACAAGGCGAAGGUUACCGACGGAACUCGUUGCAAUGAUGAGUCGUUUGAUCUGUGCGUUGAUGGAACCUGCCAGGCGGUUGGUUGCGACAUGAUGCUUGGAUCGAAUGCAAAAGAGGACAAGUGUCGAACGUGCCAGGGUGAUGGAAGCGGUUGUAAAACAGUCACCGGAUUGCUGGACGCCAGCAAUCUACAGGUUGGCUACAAUGACCUUCUUCUGAUUCCGGCCGGGGCCACCAACAUCGCUAUCAGUGAACGAGGUCCGUCGAACAAUUAUCUAGCGAUUAGGAAUCUGACUGGGUUCUACCAUCUGAACGGCAACUAUCGAAUCGAUUUUCCACGAGCACUCCACUUUGCUGGCAGUGACUGGCACUACGAACGAAGACCGCAAGGAUUCGCCGCUCCUGACAAGUUGACCUGCUUGGGUCCAACAGCUGAAUCCGUUUACCUUGUGCUGCUAUCGCAAGAUCGAAACGUUGGUGUUAGCUACGAAUACAGUGUAGCAUCCAAGUCGGCUCCUGUGGAUGAACCGGACAGCUACUCGUGGACAUACAGCCCCUUCGAUAACUGUAGUGUUGCUUGCGGUGGAGGUGUUCAGUACAGAAAUGUGACUUGUAACAGCCGUACCACAUUGAAGCAGGUCGAAGAGGGUCUGUGUGAUGGUGCUUCCAAACCUACGGAAUCCCAGCGAUGUGCUCAGGAAGCUUGUCCACCUCACUGGAUCGAGGCUGCAUGGGGUAACUGCUCUUUGCCAUGUGGUAGCGAAGGCAAGCAAACGCGAGAUGUGCACUGCGAACGAGUUUCUGCGGAAGGUGUUGCUGAAACCGUUGACGAUACGGUCUGUUUGGAACAGGUUGGCAACAAACCGGCGACGGAACAGGAAUGUAAUCGUGGAACAAUUUGCCCCGAGUGGUACGUUGGAAAGUGGUCUCCUUGUAACAAGCUGUGCGGUGAAGGUGAGCAAACUCGAAAGGUUACUUGCUUCCGGAAAGAAAAUGGACGCAUCACGGUGUUGGACGAUGACGAAUGUGUCACCGAGAAGCCGGUAACGCAACAGUCAUGCAUGCUGCAGCCAUGCGAAGGUGUGGAUUAUAUCACUUCUUCAUGGAGUGGGUGCGAUGAAUGUGGAACAACCGUGGAAACCCGAACCGUACACUGUGCCUCCAAAACCGGAGUCGUCUACGAUAGCAAGUUCUGUGCGAAUCAUGAGCUGCCGGAACUAAAGCGGGAAUGCAAGGCCGCAGCACCCUGCGAGUAUCAAUGGUUCACUUCCCAGUGGAGCAAGUGCUCGGCGGUUUGCGGGAAGGGUGUUCAAACGCGAGCCGUAGUCUGUGGAGUCUUCGACGGGCAGUCGUUGAAGCGAGCGGAUGAUGACUACAAGUGUGAUGCUUCGUUGAGACCGAAACCGGAACGGGAAUGCGACGGACCGGAGGAAUGUCCCGGACAGUGGUUCACCGGACCGUGGACAAGCUGUUCGAAGGAUUGUGGAGGAGGAUUCAAAUCACGAAAGGUACUUUGUAUCGCUAAUGGGACUGUAGUGGCCGAAACAAACUGUAAGGUUGAUACGAUCGAACUGAGUACGGAAUCAUGCAACGGUCAUGACUGUACGGAUGACGAGAUUAUCCCGGUGGAUGUCACUAGUAAACCACUGCAGGAGGAUGAUUACGAUGAAGAAGAGUGGUGUGAUGAAGAGGAAGAAGAGGCGGCUACCGAAUCACCGGAUGGAGUGCUCAUGGUAACAGAUGAUAGUACUUUGGCGGAAGGAGUUGAUUUGGAAUCCUCACAGGGAACAACAGAAGCAUCGUUGGAAACAGACGAAGUGAUGUUAAGCGAUGCGACUGGAUUCGAAACGGGAGCUACCGACGUUGACACGUCUACAGACGUGUCUACGCUGGAAGGAUCCGGCUUUGACAUAGAUGUUCGAGCCGGAGAAUCAGCUUCCUUAGCAACGGAAGUAGAAGGAUCCGGUGAUGAUGAUGUUGAAGUAUUUACAAAGACUAGCGACUCUUUGGCAACCUCAGAUGCGCUAUUUUCUUCAGUGGCACCAACACUGGAAUCGCUAUCGUCUAUCAAAGAAACUGAAUCUUCAUCGGAAUCGUCUUCGUCCGAAGUUACGGAAGCCUCAAGUGUUGAUUCUUCUUCUGCUUCUGAGGCCACUUCAGAAGCCACCGCACAGUCAGCUUCUACAGAAGCCUCGAUGGACGCCUCCAGUGAAGCUAGCAGUAUUGCAGAUUCAACAAUCGAUGCUUCCCCGACCACCCCAGACGCCACUUCCGAAAGUUCACCUUCUGAAACAACGGAAACAACCGAUUCCAGCUCGACUACCGAAUCUUCGUCGCCAACAGACACCUCGGAUAUUGCUGCGUCUUCGGAUUCGUCCACUACCGAAUCUUCUACGGAUUCCUCUCCAAUCUCGUCGACAGAAGCCGAAACAACUGAAUCUUCUACGGACGCCGCAAGUGGUUCGACUAGUAUGGGUGAAUCUACCACGGUAUCAUCGAGCGACAGCUCUACAACCGAUGACGCCUCGACGACAGAUUCUCCCGUCGAAACUUCCGAUUCAACCAUCGCUGUUAGCACGGAAUCGUCCGAAAUUAGUACCGAACUAUCGUCGACAGCGGCUUCCGAUGGAACUCAACCAACAGAACCCACUGAAUCAACUGUUAGCGAAGAAACCGUUUCGACGCAGGAACCAUCAAGCACUGAAUCGCUCUCAACGGUGUCUUCCGUCAGUGAAGCUUCCGAAGCCGCAUCCACCGAGAGUGCCACGGAUGUUAGUGACUCAUCAACCGAUUCCUCGACGGAUGUGGAAUCGAGCACCUUCGACAUUUGGAUACGCGAAGGCGACGAGGAAGAAAGUAGUACUCCAUACACUCUUACUUCUAUCAUUUCCAAGGAACAGAAACCACGAAAGUGCAAACCAAGGCCGAAAACGCCGCAAUGUGCCAAAUCGGAGUUCGGUUGCUGUUUGGAUGGAAACACGAAGGCAACCGGUCCGUUCGACGAGGGAUGUCCGGCGCCGGAGACGUGCAAGGAAACCAAACACGGCUGCUGUCUGGAUGGAGUUUCACCAGCGAAGGGACCCAAAAACAAGGGUUGUCCGAAGUCGGAGUGUGCGGAUUCGUUGUUCGGGUGCUGUCCGGAUAAGGUUACUCCUUCGGAAGGAAAUGAUUUCGAGGGUUGUCCGGUGGAAACGACUACGGUGGCCGGUUGUGUUAUUAGCAAAUACGGCUGCUGCCCAGACGGUGUUAGUGAGGCUAAGGGAGCGAACAAUAAGGGAUGUCCAGGAGUGGAAGAACCCGGGGAGGAUCAGGUGGUUGAGGGAGCUACGGAGGAAAGUGUUCCAUCAGAGGUGGAAGGUUGUGCCGGAACGACUCAUGGAUGUUGUAGCGACAAUGUUACAGCUGCUGCCGGUCCCAACGGGGAAGGAUGUGAACUGUGUGCUAAAGAACCUUUCGGAUGCUGUUCUGAUCGUAAAACCCCAGCGCAUGGACCGAACGGAGAAGGUUGCUGUCUUGAAACACCGUACGGAUGUUGUCCUAAUAAUAUCAAUCCAGCGCGGGGUCCUAAUCUGGAGGGAUGUGGUUGUGAGUAUUCACCUUACGGAUGCUGCCCGGAUAACACAACAUCUGCACGGGGUCACAACAACAAGGGAUGUGGAUGUCAGUACGGGGAACACGGCUGUUGUCCGGAUAAGGAAACGGAAGCUGAAGGACCAAAUUUCGAAGGUUGCCCAUGUCAUGCCUUCCAGUUCGGUUGCUGUCCGGAUGGUGUUACUCCGUCGAAGGGUCCGCACAAUCAUGGCUGUCACUGUUCCUAUAGUGAGUUCAAGUGCUGCUCGGACGGUCAAACUCCGGCUCAGGGUGCCAACUUUGAGGGUUGUACAUGUGCGACUAGUAAAUACGGAUGCUGUCACGAUGGAGUUACCGAAGCCCAGGGAACCAAAUUCGAGGGAUGUGAACUUGUGCCGGAAUCACCGCAGAAAGCUUGCGUUCUUAAGAAAGACAUGGGAACCUGUCAUAACUAUACCGUUAAGUACUUCUUCGAUGUCGAGUACGGAGGUUGCGGACGGUUUUGGUAUGGAGGAUGUGGAGGAAACAAAAAUCGGUUUGAUUCGGCAGAAGAGUGCAAGGAUGUGUGCGAAGCACCGGCAGGGAAGGAUGUUUGUCAGCUGCCGAAGAUUACUGGACCUUGUACCGGGUACUAUCCGAUGUGGUACUACGAUACGGACAGAAAUCAGUGCUCGCAGUUCACGUACGGUGGUUGUCUCGGCAACGCCAACAGGUUCGAAACUAUUGACGAUUGCAAGGCCUCCUGUGUUGUGGAUGAAUCGCUUCCACCAUGUGAUCAAUCGGUGGAGAAUGGACCUUGUAAUGGAACCUUCGAGCGGUGGUACUACGACAAAGAGCGAGAUUCCUGUGAGCGCUUCCACUACGGAGGUUGUAAGGGUAAUAAAAACAACUACGCCACGGAGAGUUCUUGCAACUAUCACUGCAAACAUCCUGGAGUUCACAAGCCGAGCUGCACAUUGCCAAUGGACGCUGGCAGAUGUGAUGGUAAGCUGGCCCGUUGGUACUUUGUCAGAGAUGAUAAUAAAUGCAUGCCCUUCUACUAUACCGGUUGCGGUGGCAAUAAUAAUCAGUAUGUCUCGUUGGAUCAGUGUGAAGAACAGUGUCCACCGAAGGUCGAAAAAGACAUUUGCUUCCUGCCGGCGGAGAUUGGCGAAUGUCAGAACUACACGGCCCACUGGUACUUCGAUACGAAGGAAUCUCGCUGCCGACAGUUCUACUAUGGCGGUUGUGGCGGUAAUGGAAAUAACUUCGCCGACGAGCAGGCCUGUAAUAGUCGAUGUGUCGAGGGAGGAGCGAAGCAGCCAGAAACAUCAGCACCCGUUCAACCAGGCGCUCCGGAGCAACAGCCAGCCGAACGUUUCGAUACACGAUACUGCUUUGUGGAAAUGGAUUCUGGAGAUCGCGAUUGUACCGAGUAUGAGAGGCGCUUUUUCUACGAUCGCAAUUCGGGAACGUGUACGGAGUUCACCUACACCGGCUGCGGUGGUAAUGAGAAUAAUUUUGCCAGCUUUAACGAUUGUGACAAAGCUUGCGGUCGGGCUGAAAAUGCUUGCAAUCUACAGCCGGCCUACGGACGGUGUUCGGAGAAUGAAACACGCUGGUACUACGAUCAACGCAGCCAACGAUGUCACUCGUUCACGUUCAGUGGAUGCGAGGGCAACGCGAAUAACUUCUACUCGGAGCGGGAAUGCGAACAGCAGUGUCGACCGGCCGCUCCAACUCCGGCUCCAGUGGCACCCGCUCCCGGCCCAUCUGCUGGCGUUUGCGAUGAGCCGUACGAUUAUGGCACCGGAAAUGAUCCAACUAUUGUAUACAUCUACAGCAAGGAACGGUCAUCGUGCGAACAGAACUACUACAGCGGAGAAGGUGGCAACGGAAACCGAUUCAGCUCGCAUGAACAGUGUGAGCGACAGUGCGGUCAAUAUCGUGGGGUUGAUGUCUGCGUAGAGGCGAAGGACGUUGGACCAUGCGAAGAAUCGACUCCGAAGUUCUACUACGAUACGCUAACGAAGAGCUGCCAUCCGUUCAACUACAGCGGUUGUGAAGGCAACGGAAAUCGGUUCGCCACGAACGAGGAAUGCGAAGCAACCUGCGUCGAUAAGCGAGAUGUGUGCACCCUACCGCCCCAGAUUGGCCUGUGUGCCACUGAGGAAGCCCAUUACCGAAAGCGGUGGUACUACGAUUCCGAGCGAGAGACUUGCUUUGCGUUUAUUUACAGUGGUUGCGAGGGCAACCGUAACAACUUUCUGUCGUACGACCAGUGUCGCGACUACUGCGAUCAACUGGUGGAGUUCGACAACGAAGUGGACCCCUGCGAUAGCUACAACGAAGAGUGCCAGCAACUGCACUGCCCGUACGGAGUGGCACGAUCGUACGAUCCGCACAACGACUGCGAGCGAUGCUCCUGCGAAGAUCCAUGCCAGAACGAACGCUGUCCGCAGGGUACGGAAUGUGCGGUGGAUCUGCAGAGUGACUUCAAGGAUGGAACCGUAUUCGUUGCCAUCUGCCGACCGACGACGAAGGACGGCGAGUGUCCCCGACUGGUCAAUGCAACUGUUUGCCAGGAUGCCUGCCGAACCGAUGCCGACUGUCGAAACGAUAACAAGUGCUGCCAGGCCGGGUGUGCAACGGUUUGCGUUCCACCGGCUGCUCCACCGGUAGAGGAACGACCCCCGUACGCAACAGGUCAACCGGCUCCACCAGUGCUGGAAUCAGUUCCGGAGGAAGAUUUGGAUAUCAAAUCAGAAGAGGGAGGUGUUGCGACGCUGAGGUGCUACGCCACUGGGUUCCCACCGCCCUCGAUUCGGUGGAAGAAGGGAGAAGUGAUCCUGAACACUAAUCAAGGUCGUUUUGUACUGACCUCGACCGGAGAUUUGCAGAUUGUCCAACUACAUCGUACCGACAGCGGAACCUAUGUCUGUAUUGCUGACAACGGAAUUGGCGAUCCUGUGCUUCGAGAAGUCAAGCUGCAGGUUAACGAUCCCGUCCCGCGGGAUGCCUACAUUGUGGGACCCCACAACGAUACUCAGGUGGUGGAAUUGAAUCAACCGGCGUCGAUUCGUUGUCCGGCUGGUGGUUUCCCCAAGCCGAUCGUAACCUGGUGGAGAGAAACUUUCAUGAUGCCCAUCAAACUAAUCAAUCGGGAUUAUUCGCUGCAAUUUACCCGCGUACGCCUAUCGGAUCUCGGUUCGUACGUUUGUCAGGCUUAUUCCGGUGCUGGGAAGGGUAUCUCUAAAACGGUUACGUUGAAGGCAUACGGCCCCGUACACAUCAGUGACCCGGUGGAUGAAAAGUAUCUGCGUUUCAUCGUUCAUUCUCGUCCUGCUCCAGUUCCCACUUAUCGACCUGCACCCGUUAUCCCUCACCACCCACGUCCUACACCUCCAGUCUUCUAUACCCCUCCCCCUACGCCGGAGCAUAUCCCAGAGCCAGUCCCGGUUUCGGCCCGACAGGAACUACCGUACGGUCACCAGUUUGCCCCGAACAGCAACAUUACAAUCCGCUGUAUUACCGACGGCUAUCCACGGCCCACGGUAAAUUGGUACAAGGACGGCCGAGUAAUGGAACCAUCCAACCGGGUGCAUAUCGAGGACGACAACACUCUGAAUGUUUUUGGUGCCCUGCCGACAGAUGCCGGUGCCUACAAGUGUCUCGCACGAAACGAACACUCGGAAUCGUUUGAGGAAUCUACUAUUCGGGUGGAAGGUGUCUUCAUCCCGGUGGGCUGUACGGACAACCCGUUCCUGGCCAAAUGUGCCCUUAUAGUACAGGCCCGAUUCUGCAACCACAAGUACUACGCCCGGUUCUGUUGUAAAUCUUGUACCCUGGCCGGUCAGUUGCGUCACUAAGGAAAAGAAACGAUGGACCACGAAACGAAUGAUAAUCGACAGCGACAAAUAAUGAUGAUGAUGAUGAUUAUGAUGACGAGCGAUUGAUUGUACAAUGUGUGCAUGCGUGAGUGUAUUUAGCUUUUAUGUUCCCCUCUACUUUUAAGCACUACGAUUUACAUUAACAGACGCAAAAGAAUUAUCAGAUGACCGUGUUUCGAUUCGAGCAAUUUUUCCAAAGUUUAAUAUUAGUCAAUUUUUCGAAUAGGAAGUCAUGCAUUUCGAUAUUUAGUAUGUAGAAGCUAGCAAAGAUGUCGCUAAUCGCAAUCGCACCCGAUAUACGUUGGAACCAAAUAAUUUUCCCUCUUUCCUGUCGAUCUACCCCAUUCGAGGGGUAAAUCAAGCGACGAAUGCGAACAAAAAACUUUCCAGUAAAUGCAUUUAAGUGUAAUUAAAAUCUCUUAACAAAGAAAGCUACUAAACGUUUAAUGAAUUGCAUCCAAUUGGCACCUGUAGUAGGGUAAACGGGUGCGAUUCUGAAUCGAGAAUAAAAAAAGAGCUGCAAUCCUCCACAUCUGUUGUGUUGCUUUUGCAUUUAACUCUGUGUUCAUAGCGGGAGCGCUGUAAAUUUGAACUCGCCGUUCACCGCACACUCUACUGUCUACACUAAAGUUAGUUGCUGUAACCGGUGUUAGAGUUAACUCCGGAAAUUUACGGCAACCAACUUUCUCGAGGAGUGCCUGUACAGUGUGAAACAAAUGUUGCUUCAAUAGAAUGCUUUUGUUGUACACUCGGGAGAAGGGCAGUUACAUUAUAGGGUUUUGUUUCCAGAAUCAAUUUAAAAUACUCUACCUGUCAGCAGUUUGCUAUACUACUGUACUACACUAUAAGCUAGCCGUUUAGGUGACCGACUCAGCAGGUGAAUCAUUAAUUUGGAAAUGUACAUAUUCGAAAGGAACCAUGCAAAAUAGAAAACAAAACAGCACCCAGAAGCAUAUGUUAGAUUAGUUUGCUUGCCUAGCCAGUAGUCGUAACGGAAGUCAACACUGUUCAUUAGAUUAACAACCAACAAACCAACAAAACACACUAAUAAGAAUAGAUGAUAUACAACCGAA